UUGCAUGUACUCACCGGGAAGUUGAUGAGCCAUGCAGCAAACACCAACAUCAAGUGAUUUUGAAGCUUUAACCUGUGACAAACUCUGUUCUACAGGCGUGCUUGGUUUUGCUAAUGAAAUAUCAGUGAUGAAGGGAAGUUCAGUCACUCUGAACUCUGGUCUUACUGAAAUGAAAGAUGAUGAUCAGAUUCAGUGGAGGUUUAGACAUGAAAACACUUCACUAGCUGAAAUUAAUAAACAUACCGACAGAAUCACUGUAUAUGAUGAUGUUCUUGAUGGGAGAUUCAGAGACAGACUGAAGCUGGACAAACAAACUGGAUCCCUGACCAUCACAAACAUAACAACUCAACAUGCUGGAUAUUAUGAACUACAGAUCAACAAUGUGAGAAAGUGUUUCCUUCUCACUGUCUAUGCUCGUCUGUCUGUUCCUGUCAUCAUUAGUAACUCUUCACAAUGUUCUUCAUCAUCAUCAUCUUCAUCAUCAUAUUGUUCAUUGUUGUGUUCAGUGGUGAAUGUGAGUCAUGUGACUCUCUCCUGGUACAAAGGAAACAGUUUAUUGUCCAGCAUCAGUGUGUCUGAUCUCAGCAUCAGUCUCUCUCUACCUCUGGAGGUGGAAUAUCAGCAUAAAAACAGCUACAGCUGUGUGCUCAACAAUCCAUUCAGCAACCAGACUCAACAUCUGGACAUCAGUCAACUCUGUCACACAUGUUCAGACUCUGUCCACUGUUGUGGUUCUACUUAAGCUGUGAUCCAAUUGGUCCUCUCUGCUCUGGUGGGCGUGGCUACUGUCAAUAUUCUGGUUUAUGACAUCAGAACCAGAAGAGCUGGACAAGAUCAAGUAUAAGUCCAUAUGACAACAAUGCUCUGCUCUGCUCUAGCCUCUUAAGACCCAGCAAAACAUUUUAUUUUUUUGUGUCAUUACAUUGUUUAGAGCAUUAAAAAUAAAGAAUAUAUUUCAUUCACAAGUUAUGCUACGUCCUUGGUAGGGUACAUUGGGACUCAAUUUAAAAAAGAAAAAAGAAAAAGACAUAAAUGAACAUGCAUAGGCAAAAACUUUUUUGUU